AUGUCUUUUUUCGCAGGCCUCCGUCCACACUCUCGUUCAUCCCACAUCUCCUCCGACACCGCCAAACCCUUCAACUCCCACGCCUUGAGAAGCAAUUCCACUCUCGCCUCGACUGUACCUCCUCGGUCUGCAAGAGGCAUGGCCGGCGUGCUCGACAUUGAGAGGUCCCGAACCCGCCGCGAGAGGACCUUCAUUGGGAGCGAGUGCGCCGUCUGCGAAGAGCCGCUAGAACACACACUCCGUGGCGAACGCAUCCUGCAGCUCUCGUGUGGACAUGUCUCCCACGAAGCCUGCUUCUACGAAUACAUCCGCGAGUUCGAGUCGCAACACUGCCCGACAUGCAAUGCGACUCUGGGCUUGGACACUAGCCGAGGUGGCAACGUGCUAGAUCUAGAGAAACUCAGCACAAUCGUUCGAUCGGUGCAGCACGAUUCCAGCCAGGGGGGUAGAAGCAGCCAGAACACGCCAACACCAUGGGAGACACAGACGAUUUCUGACAGCCUCAGCCAUAGUCAGAGUCAGAGCCACAGCCAUGGACGCCCGCGCAACGACAGCGAUCCAAGCGGACGCUACCCGCCCCCGCAUCUCCGCCAGCGCGACAGCAGCCACAGCCGGGAACGCUCGGAGCGGAUGGGCUCAUCCAUGUCCCGCCAGCAUAUGAGGAGCGACAGCGGGGCAACCGGUGCAGCAUCAUCUGGCGACUAUGCGGCUACGCACGAUGGCAGAAGACAUGACUACGAUGUGCAGUCCAUGGAGAGUAGCCUGAGUAGCCCGCGCGGCCUGCUGAGGAGCCCUAUUCCCGCGCCAAUGGUGACGGUCCGCAGCGAGUUCCCAACUCUCAGCCGGUCGCGCCAGCAGCAGAGCCUGACGUGCUUGGUGACGGUCGAGGUGGUUGAGGGGAAGUGGAGGGCGGAUCCCGAGGACAUGCGCGGCGCACCGCCACUUCCCUCCAUCCAGAGCACAACCGACCACUUUGGCCGAGCCAAAUCUCCCCCUCACAGCCGGCCCUUCGACAACGCAUACGAGUCAGCCGAGGCCCUCGACGAGAUCACUGAGGACCUACACGCCCGCGUCGACAACUGGCAUGGCCUUGACUUCUCGCGUUUCGGGAAGCUACGCCUGCACGGCCAUGUACGUGUGGGCAAGGAUCGUCAGUCGUGGCAGGAGCUGGAGUGCUAUCUCUUCUCCGAGAUGCUUAUCUGCGUCAAGGAGAAGAAGACUGCCCAACCUACGCAGUGGGACGCCGCCGAGUCCGCCAGCCGGAAGCCCAAAUGCACCCUGAAGGGGUCCAUCCUCAUCAAGAAGCACCUGAACCAGGUCGAGCACUCCCCCGAUGAUGCCAUUCUGACCCUGAGCCUUUCCGUCGCCGAGCUGCCGUCCUUCCACUUGCAGUUCCAAAACCGGAGCCAGCUCGAGUUGUGGAGGCGCGCACUGAUGGAUAUCAGGAUGGACUUCCCGCCGCCCACUAGGAUGCCGGACUACGACCAUGACAACUCUGGUACCGAUGAAGAAGACUACAAGGUAUCAAAACCCAGGCGGGUAUCUUCCGUGAAUUCAUCAUCCUACGGAGCCGCAAGAUCGAAUGUCACCGCGCCCACCGAGUACACCAACUCGCGUGCUGGCCUACCAGAACCGCGGCUUGCUGGACCAAUCCACGUGCCUCUCGAUAUGGUGGUCGUCAUCCCCGUCUCUUCCUCCAUGCAGGGUCUCAAGAUUAACCUGCUACGCGAUACCCUGAAGUUCCUUGUUUCCAAUCUAGGAGAGCGGGAUCGUAUGGGGCUGGUUACCUUUGGCUCCAGUGGGGGAGGCGUGCCCAUUGUCGGCAUGACAAGCAAAGCCUGGAACGGCUGGCCGAAGGUGCUUGACUCCAUCCGCCCGGUAGGACAGAAGAGCCUGCGGGCCGACGUGGUCGAGGGUGCAAACGUUGCCAUGGACCUCCUUAUGCAGCGCAAGUCGAACAAUCCCGUAUCCAGCAUCUUGCUCAUCAGUGAUUCGUCCACUUCGGAUGCGGAGAGUGUUGAUUUUGUCGUUUCUCGAGCCGAGGCUGCCAAGGUCGCCAUUCACUCCUUCGGUCUCGGUCUCACCCACAAACCAGACACUAUGAUCGAACUAUCCACCCGGACCAAGGCAUCCUAUACCUAUGUCAAAGACUGGAUGAUGCUUCGAGAGUGCGUGGCUGGAUGCCUAGGCUCCCUCCAAACUACCUCACAUCAAAAUGUCAAACUAAAGUUGCGCCUUCCGGAGGGAUCUCCCGCGAAAUUCGUCAAAAUCAGCGGCGCAUUACAGAUUACGAAACGCGCCACUGGACGGGAUGCCGAGGCCUCACUGGGCGACCUCCGUUUUGGCGACAAGAGAGAUAUUCUUGUGCAGUUGGCCAUCUCUCCCGAUACGGCUUCACCAGAGCAACUUCCCCAAGACCCCUGGGAAACAAUCGUUUCAGGUUUAGAAGCAUUAGGCGGCCCUUUGGACCAGGAUGAAUCACGAAGCCUCAGCGUUGAAGAGGUGCCUCUGAUACAAGCUGACCUUACUUACGGCGAUAUUCUCCGGGAGGGCACUCUUUCUCAUCUUCCUCGUCAAUCUCUUUUGGCAAUUACAAUUCUACCUUCGAACUCGAAGAAGAAUUCAAAUGGGCGUCCGUCGACACCUCCCAUUCCUCCACACCCUCAUGUAGUGCAGCGGCGUAUGGAGUUGUUGACGUCGGAUAUGUUAACGCGCGCACUGACUCUUGUUUCCCGUGGCCAGCACGAGCGAGCUCAUCAUCUUUUGAGUGAGACUAGGAGCAUACUAAAGGGGCUCGGCAAAGGCGGCUUACCUCCACUUCCUCCCCCUCCCGGUAAUCGGCGUAACGAUCCACCAAGCGCAUCUGGGAGUGCUGGACAGUCACCGACAGUCGAUAGUAGCGAUCGACCAAGGACCCCUUCCCCUCAUGCAGAGAAUCCUUUUACUCCCGCGGCAGGCAUCGACGCAACGACAAUGCAUGCGCUUGAUGCAGAGCUGGAAUCCUCCCUCGAAUGGAUCAACCACCCUGCAGUCUUCGGCCGGGAUUCACGCAAGGCAGUCCUACAAGCUAUUGGAGUAAUCAGUUCACAACGGGCUUACACAUUCCGCACCCCUUCCGAAUCCCUUUGGGCAGAGCGCAUUACUGGUGUCAAGCGGCUGUCGGAGCGAUCGCGCGAAUGGCGUGAGGCUGGUGACGACCAAGCACUCAUGGAAGAAACUUAA